AUGGCGGAGUAUGAUCUUACGAACCAUAUGGCUCCAUAUUUGGAUCGUCACAUGGUUUUACCUUUAAUGGAGUUUUUGUCUGGAAAAGAAAUAUACGACAUAAAUACAUUGCUGAGGGUGAAAAUUGAUUUAUUGGAGUCAACAAAGAUGGUUGAUUAUUCAACUGAUGUCUACAAACUGCUUCACCCAAAUGCCCAAGAGCCUCCUCAAGCUAUGGUUGAUAAAAGGCAAGAUGUACUUUCACAAAUGAAGGAAUUAGAGGCAGAAACAGAGCCGUUGAUAAAUAUAUUGGGCAACGAUGAAACGGCUGCGAAUAUUCAAAAUACCAGGGACAGCAGACAGCUUUUGGAAUAUUUGUCUAAAAAAGGGUUCAAAAUGGAGAUGUUAGAUACAUUGUACAAGUGCGCCAAGUUCCAUUUUGAAUGUGGAAAUUACACAAGGUCUUCACAGUAUUUAUAUUUUGUUAGAGUACUGUUGCCGCCCAGCGAUCGAAACUUCAUGAACACAAUGUGGGGCAAGUUGGCCUCUGAUAUCCUCAUGCAAGAUUGGGAGAAUGCUAUUGAUGAUGUUUCAAAACUGAAAGAAGUUCUUGAUAGUAAUAUGUCAUCACCCUUAGUUCUGCUUCAACAAAGAACUUGGUUAAUACACUGGAGUCUUUUUGUGUUUUUCAAUCAUUCGAAAGGUCGUGACCUCAUUAUUGACAUGUUCCUUUACAGUCCGCAUUAUCUGAAUGCGAUACAGACAAUGUGUCCACACAUACUGCGAUAUGUAACCUCUGCAGUGAUCACCAACAGAAAGAGGAGACAAAUGCAACACCAACAACUUUUGAAAGAUCUUGUUAAAGUCAUUCAGCAGGAGUCAUACAGUUACAAAGAUCCUAUUACUGAAUUCAUCAGUUGUUUGUAUGUUAAUUUUGAUUUUGAUGGAGCCCAAAAAAAACUUGUAGAAUGCAAAACUGUCAUAUCUAAUGAUUUUUUUCUUGUUGGAUGUUUGGAUGACUUCAUAGAAAAUGCACGCCUUCUUAUAUUUGAAACAUUUUGCAAAAUUCACAAUCGGAUCAGUAUAAGUUUGUUGGCAGAAAAGCUGAACAUGGAUGAGGAAGAAGAGGCUGAAAGAUGGAUCGUCAAUCUUAUUCGCAAUGCUCGUCUUGAUGCAAAAAUAGAUUCAAAACUUGGUUUGGUUGUGAUGGGGCCACAAGCCACUUCCGCUUACCAGCAGGUGAUAGAAAAAACAAAGAACUUAGCUUUCAAGACGCAAAUGCUUGUGAUGAAUAUUGAAAAGAAGUUUUCUGUUAAAGAACCAGAGGUUAUUUUUAUAAUUACAUUUUGCUGUUGUAGAUUCAUAGAGCGCGUCUAUUGGCGCGUAUGUUUUCUUUAUGAAGCGUUGAUCAGAUGA